CACGGGCAUGCAUGCAUAAAUACCCCCAUCAUAUCUUCCUAAUUUGUAUAGCAAAGCUGCAUACUUUCAGUUUCAGUUAUAAACCCCAGAAACACAGCACAAGUAGAGAUAUAUAAAAUGGAUUAUCUUGGUAUGAUACUAGUCACUUUCAUAGUUAUUGUUAUGACUAAAAUUUUUCAAGCAUGGACGAUGAUCGUCUGGAGGCCUUAUUUGGUGACCAAAAGAUUUCGACAACAAGGAGUUAUGGGACCUCGUUAUUCGCUUCUUUCAGGCUCUCUUGAUGAAAUCAAGAAGCUGAGAAAGGUUGCACUGGAAACAGUUUUAGAUGUCAAAUCACACGAUAUUACCGAGAGGAUUGUCCCGCACUGUAACAUUUGGUCGUCAUCAUAUGGAGAGACGUUUCUAUAUUGGUAUGGAAUCCAGCCAAGGCUUUUCAUUUCAGACCCCAGAGUGGCCAAACAUGUACUAUCAGACAAGCUGGGUUUCUAUGAGAAACCAAGAGCAAGGCCUUCCGCAGAAAAACUAGCCGGCCGGAGAGGACUGGCUUUAAUCAAUGGAUUAGAUUGGGUCAGGCACAGAAAGAUAGUCAAUCCUGCCUUCACCAUUGACAAGCUCAAGCUCAUGAUAAAGGGAAUGGCAUCAUGUACCAUAUCCAUGCUUGACAAUUGGAAAAAUCAGACUACCAAAACUAGUCAAAAGAUUGAGAUAUAUGAGGAGCUCAAAAGGUUACUUGCUGAUAUAAUUGCCCACACGGCCUUUGGAAGUAGCUUUGCGGAAGGGCAGGAGGCCUUCAAGGCUCAAAUUGAGCUUCAACAGUUCUGUGCGGCUUCAAGUGCUGACAUUUUCAUUCCUGGCAGCCAAUAUCUGCCCACCCCGUUCAAUAUUCAGGUAUGGAAGCUUGAUAAGAAGGUGAAAAGCACACUAAGAAACAUCAUAGAGAGUAGAUUGAAUACUCCUAAAGAUACCAAAACUUCAGGUGGAUACGGAGAUGAUCUAAUUGGUGUGAUGAUUGAAAACUCAGAAAUGGUUGAUCAAAGUGGAUCUGGUCCCAAAUUAAACAUGGAUGAGAUUGUGGAGGAAUGCAAAACAUUCUUCUUCGCAGGCCACGAAACCACAGCCAAUUGCUUAACUUGGACCGUCUUCUUGUUGAGUGUACAUCAAGAAUGGCAGACAAAACUCAGAGAAGAAAUAUUAAAUGAAUGCGGGAUGGAGAUCCCUGAUGCGGAUAUGUUAGCCAAGUUAAAAUUGGUGAACAUGGUUUUGCUGGAGUCUUUGAGGCUUUAUUGCCCAGUAAUAAGGGUGUUCAGACAGGCAACAAAGGAUACGAAGAUUGGGAAUUUAAUGAUUCCAAAAGAUACAUGUAUUGAAAUACCUAUGGUGAAGAUUCACAGGAGUAAAAAAUAUUGGGGAGAAGAUGCAAAUGAAUUCAAUCCACUCAGAUUUAUUAAUGGGAUCUCCAAAGCUACAGAAUACCCAAAUGCUAUGCUUGCUUUUGGAAUGGGUCCAAGAGUUUGUAUUGGUCAGAACUUCGCAAUGCUGGCAACGAAAACGGCAAUUGCAUUGAUACUCCAAAAGUUUUCCUUUUCGCUCUCCCCAGAGUAUAAACACACACCGAUGGACGGCCUUAUUCUUCAACCACAAUAUGGCCUACCCGUUAUUGUAAAACCUUUGUGCUAAUUGUAUGUCACACACAAGAUGCUUAUGUUGUGGACACUCGGUUAUUGGCUGGAGAUAGCCAAAUCUCUGCCGUUAGUUGUUGAUUAAGAAUUGCUCUGAUUGUUAGUCUUGCUCUUACAAUGGACUUUGCAAUGUUGCUUAUUAUGUAAAUAAAGGACAAUUGUUGCUCUUAUGGCAACAAGUAAAUAAAA